AUGGUCCAGGGAGCGAAAUUGGACGUAUUCAGCCUUGGUGGAAAGACGUGGGCCGAGCACAGCUCGUCUGGAGACACGUUGAUCGUGGCCGGUAAUUCUGGCUUGGCCAAGAUCUUCAACACACGCACUCCGGAGGACGAGCCUACAGUGAUUGACAUUCCUGACCGAUUCUCGUCGUUUGUUGUUGGUCCAAAAGAUAAUGUUUUUGUGGUUACAUCGAAUUCUGGAGAGGCCGAAUAUUUUUCCUUGACAGAGCCCAUUGAAUCCAAAGGCAAGCUUGUCAGAUCAGAGCUGCCCUUGAGAGAUGCCUGUUUCACACAUAGCGGUAAGAGUGUGCUGAUCGGUGGAGAUGAUGGUGAGCUGAUCCUGGUAGACCUGGAAUCAGAGCCUAUGACGUCUAAGAAGUUUCCGGCUGGAGAUCAGGUGGUUAGUCUCUCUUACAACAAGGUCUUUGAGCUGGCAGCGGUAACACUAUUCGGUGGAAAGGUGAGGAUCUUUUCUUUGACCUCCUCGGAGCCACAGGCUGUUGCCAGUCUUCAGAUGUAUCUGCCUACUCAUAAUGCCUUUUACGACGAAGAAAAAGAGGAUUCUAGGUGUUUGAGAUGUGCUUGGAGUCCGGAUGGUGAUUACCUAGCGGUCCCCAGCGCCUCUGGAGAACUCAGAAUAUUUGACCGUGGCGAAUACGAGGAGCCAAGCUUGACCUUGACGUUCAAAUCUGACGUCAUUUCAUACGAUUGGUCUCCCAAUGGUAGAUACAUAGCUGCUGUUAGUUCUGACAAGUUGCUGAGCAUCUACGAGGUAACCUCUCAGAAGGUUGUCAACUCUUCAGCUUUGCAACAGACCAUUACUAAUGUUUCGUGGCGCAAAAAUGGUACAUCUUAUGAUGUUGUACUGGGAAGUUUGGCAGGCCAGAUCGUCAAAUACGAGAAGGUGGUUGACCAGACCCCUGCUGAAGUCUCCAGUAAGAGAGAUGCAGCCUCCUUAUUCGUAGAUGACGAAGCGUCUGACGACGACGAGGGCAAUUCUGACGAGGAAGAAGAAGAAGAAGAAGAAGUUAGACAGAAGGGUUCUUCAAGAACAUCGCCUGGUAUCGACGACUCGGGCUACGGUCUAGGUGACGAUUUCAUCAUUGAUGACGACAACGCGGGCUACGUUUCCGAGAAGAGAGAUCACGACGAUUUGUUUGGAGAAGGUCCCAGGAAAGCCCGCAAAGUGUCUGGAAGAGACCCUACCGUCCGUUCGGUAUCAGAACAUACUCCCGCAUACAAGAUCGUCCCCUAUUCAUGUGGUGAAACUACCUGGAACAACAGCAAACGGUACCUGACAAUGAACUCGGUGGGAUACACUUGGUCGGUGAAACAGGACGAAGACAGCACUAUCACGGUCUCGUUUUUUGACAGAGGAUCUCACAAGGAGUACUAUUUCAAGGAUACCUUUGGCUAUGAUGUAGCCUCUAUGGACGACAAUGCUGUCCUGCUUGGUGUUAGCGGGAAAGACUCCAAAUCUUCCCCAAAGUCCAGGAUCUUUUUUAGAUCGCACGAGCGGCCAGAUGAAUCCUGGGAAAGAGUGAUAAACACUGCGAAGGGCGAAAUCUUGACGUCCGUGGCAUUGAGCUCCAAUUCCAUCGUGGUGUGUACUUCCUUUGGCUAUAUCCGAAGAUUCACUCUACAAGGCUUGCUGGAGUCCAUUGAGAAGGCCAAACCGGUGGUUGCGUGUGUGACUAGCGAUAGAUAUGUGUUCACAGUCAGUUUAAGUGGACCAUACCAGUUCUCCUACAGCUUGCAGGAUCUGGAUGGAAAAUUCCUACAAAGAGAUGCCGGGUUGCCCUUACACAUACCAUCUGAGCUGCAGGAGGGCCGUCAUAUUCUCAAAGGACUGUUCUUCAGUAAUGAUGGUGACCCAUGUCUGGUGGGUCAAGACGACAUGCUGCUCGUUCUCUCGAGAUGGAGAGAACCUUUGCAGGCCCGGUGGAUGCCUAUAUUGGACACUCAGUUGGGUCUUGAAAAGAUGGCCUCUGGUACUAAUUUGAGAUGCUGGCCCUUGGGUCUUUUCAAGGAUCAGUUUGCCUUCAUCAUCGUCAAGGGCUCGUACUACCCAAGUUUCCCACUCACAAUCCCCUCAGAGCUUGAAAUCAAAAUUCCUGUACAUUCAUCACACGAAGAAGACGACGAGCAACGUGCUGAGGAAGAGCUUGCCAGAUCAAGAACCAUGGGAGAGCUUUUGAACGAUGCUAUUGCAAGCGAGGAACUUGAAGGAGAGGAGGCCACCGACAGGCUACGUGAAUACUCACUGUUGUUUGACAAGUCUCUCUUGAAACUGUUCGCUACCGCCUGUACCGAACAGAACUCACUCAAGGCCAUCUCCUUGGCAGUUCAUCUCAGAGACGACAAAGCGCUGGCUGCUGCUGGUCGGAUUGCCGAGAGACUGGAGUUGACGGCAUUGGCUAAUAAGGUCAACAAGAUCCGGGAAUCGCGUCUGGAAUUUGAUUAA